AUGAUUAAUUUUUUUAAUAAAGAUGGGUUGUUAUUACGAUCAUACGGAUGGGUAGUAAGGAAUGCGGUAGGCCUCAUUGUAUUAAUCCAUGGAUUAAAUUCACACACGAGGUUUUCAUUUUUGAGGCAUAACGUUGAAAUUGUAAAUAACGAUAAAGCUAUAUUAAAAGAUGGAAAUAAUUUUUACGUUUAUAAAGACAGCUGGGUAGAAUAUUUUAAUAAACAUGGGUAUUCCGUUUUUGGAUUAGAUUUACAAGGUCAUGGACUGUCCGACGGGUGGGACAAUUUAAAAGCUAACGUAAAAGAGUUUGAUGAUUUCGCCUAUGAUGUAAUGCAGUAUAUUAGGAACAUUCAGGAUAGCAUAAAUGGUUCAAAUGGUGAUGAUAUGGGUGAUAGUUUGCCAUUUCGGGAGGAUCAAAUAUGUGAGAGGAAACCUCUUCCCACUUACCUAGUAGGUAUAUCUAUGGGGGGAAGUAUCGCUUUAAGGAUGCUACAAAUAUUAGGGAAGUCGCAUAAUAGAAGAGAAGGUACGGGACUACACAUCAGCGGGUGCAUUUCCAUCUCUCCGAUGAUAACGGUUAAAAAGCUACCAUCGAGAAAUUCGUUCCUAUUUCAGCACGUUUAUCUCCUAUUGUGCAAGUGCAUUGCUGAUUGGUUUCCAACGGUGAGACUUAUUAACAAGUAUCUAUAUAAGAAGUAUCCGUAUGUUAAAUAUUUUAUUGAGUAUGAUAAAAAUCGAUCUAAAGGGGGAAUCACAUGCAGAUUUGGCUAUGAGCUUUUAAGAACAAUUGAUAACUUGGACAAUGACAUAAAACACAUGCCUAAAGAUGUUCCUGUGCUGAUUAUUCAUUCUAAGAAGGACAUUUUGUGCUGCUAUGGCGGAUCCCUAUAG